GAUGUUUACAUGAGUUUCAUAAUCAUCAAGGAUUCUUGAUGAAUUCAGUAGAAACAUAUCGAUAUCAACAAAAACGGAAAAAAAUGGAAAAAUGUUAUUAAAAUCAUUACAAUUUUAUCAAUCAAUUCGAACAAUAUUAUCAUUAUUAAUAUUUGGUUGUUGGCUAUCGAUCAUUUUACGUUCAUUCAUACCGAUCAUUGUUAUCGAUGAAAUUAUUGUUCAUUAUGAAUAUGAACAACAGCGACAAAAUGAUGAUAAUAAAAAUGACGAUGAUGAAUUAAAAUUACAGGAAAUGAAGGAUUCAAUGUUAUUAUUGACGAUUAGUUUUAUAAUAUUUACAUCGAUAAUAUCAAUAAUCGGCAUAAUCGGCGUGAUUGGUGAACGUAUUUUAUUAACAAUAAUAUAUUCAUCAUUCAUAAUAAUGACAUUAAUGAUCGCCAUCAUACAUAUGAUACAUGAUCCAUUACUGUGGUUUGGACAAAGCCGAGAAAAUUGUUUGGAAACUUCAAUAUUUCUAAUUCUAUUAAUUACAGUUAAUAUUUUGAUUGUCAUUUAUAUUCGUUUAUGGUAUUGGCAUCAUCAUCAUGAUUAUCAACGACAACAACAACAACAACAACAACAGCGGCAACAGCAGCGGCAACAACAACGUCAAUUAUCAUCAAUAUGA